AUGGCGGACCAAAACAUUUCACAGUAUAAAUACUCGGCGAUGUCCAACCUGGUUCUCCAGGCGGACCGUCGUUUUAUCAGCCGCUCCAAUGACGAAGCCUCUGGAGACCCCGAGUCUCUCGCAGGCCGCAUCGGUAUUCGAGAGAUGGGCUCGCGGGUGGCUCCCGAUCAUGCGCCGAAGACUAAGAAGGCCGCCGGGCCAGAAGUCGAACGGGGUGCAAUUCACGAGGGUGAAGACGUCCUCAUGCGAGAACAGAAGAAGCGCCAGCGUGGCCAACCAGCACAACUAAGGGGUCAAGGUAUUCUUUCAGCAGCCGAUGCCCUCGUCGAAGGCUUAAAAUAUCGUCCACGAACACCUGCGACGCGAGCGACUUACGACCUUAUCCUUACGAUUACCGGUACAAACCUUGGCGAUGUUCCCCACGAAGUCGUUCGAAGUGCCGCCGAUGCCGUAUUGGAGCUUCUCAAGGACGAGGAAAUGAAAGAUUUCGACAAAAAGAAGGAAAUCGACGACCUUUUGGGCACAUCCAUGAAUCCGAAGGAGUUUAAUGAGCUUGUGAACCUGGGUAAGAAAAUUACCGACUACGAUGCCCAGGAUGAAGACGAAGAUAUGGAGGAUGGUCUGGAUCAAGCGGAUGGAGAGCUCGACGAGCGUCAAGGUGUCGCUGUUGUUUUCGAUGAGGACGAGGACGAUGAGCGUAUGGGCACCGUGGACGAAAUCCGAGACGAAGACGAACUUUCCGACGAGGAUGAAGCCGACGAACAAGACCGACCCGAGGUCGACCAACCCACAAGCGAAGGUCUGGGCGAAGAUGACGAGAUGGUCAUCGAUGGCGGUAUGGGCCAGGAUACGAAGGCCAAGGAUAAGGCAGGAAUGGACGUCCUCGUACGUGAGAUCGACGCAUAUUGGCUCCAACGACAGAUCGGUGCCUUGUAUUCGGAUGCCCAUAUUCAGCAAGAAAAGACCCAAGAGGCGCUCGACCUCAUGGGUGGCCAAACCGAGGACGGAUCGGAACGACCUCUCCGUGAUGUUGAAAACGACCUCAUGGGUGGCCAAACCGAGGACGGAUCGGAACGACCUCUCCGUGAUGUUGAAAACGACCUCAUGGAACUCUUCGACUACGACCAUCCCGAAAUUGUCGCUAAAUUGGUCACCAACCGAGACAAGGUUGUCUGGGUAACUCGCUGGAGACGAGUUGCUGAAGAUCCCGAUGCGCGUAACCUUGUUGAAAGCCAGAUGGUCGAGGCUGGACAUCGUGCCAUUUUGGAUGAGAUCCGUGGAAAGACUGCCCGUGAUGAUCUCGGCGGUCGCUCCGAGAAGAAGAUGAAGCUUGAUCUGAUGGACGUCGACGUCCCGUCAGCACCCACAGAAGACGAGAAGAAGCCUACUACCGAAGGUGGACUGGUGGGCGGUCUUCAGCCCAAGCGACUCAUCAAUCUCGAGAACUUGGUCUUCCACCAGGGUAACCAUCUCAUGACCAACCCCAACGUUAAGCUGCCUCAAGGUUCGACAAAGCGCACCUUCAAGGGCUACGAAGAGAUCCACGUUCCGCCCCCAAAGGCCAAGAGGGAUGCCGGCGAGAAGAACAUUCCAACUACCGAGUUGCCUGAGUGGGCUCGUGUUGGCUUCGGAAGCUCGAAAGAGCUGAACCGAGUGCAAACUAAGUGUUUCCCUUCGGCUUUCCAUGACGAUGGUAACAUGCUUGUCUGUGCUCCGACUGGUUCUGGAAAGACCAACGUCGCUAUGCUCACCAUCCUCCGCGAGAUUGGCAAGAACCGUAACCCGGAGACAGGAGAGAUCAUGCUGGACGACUUCAAGAUCAUUUACAUUUCCCCGCUCAAGGCCCUGGUCCAAGAGCAGGUUGGAAACCUGGGUAAACGUCUGGAGCCAUACGGCAUUAAAGUAGCAGAACUCAGCGGUGAUCGCCAACUCAACAAGCAGCAAAUCGCCGAUACUCAGAUCAUUGUCACCACCCCCGAGAAGUUUGAUGUUAUCACCAGAAAAGCAUCUGAGACCAGUUACACCAACCUUGUUCGUCUCGUGGUUAUUGACGAGAUCCACCUUCUCCACGAUGACCGUGGUCCUGUCAUUGAGAGCAUCGUGAGCCGUAUCAUUCGUCGCGUCGAGCGGACUGGUGAUCCGGUGCGGAUUGUUGGCCUCAGUGCUACUCUUCCCAAUUACCGCGAUGUCGCAAGCUUCCUCCGCGCCGACCCCGAGAAGGGCGUAUUCCAUUUCGAUGGCUCUUACCGUCCGUGCCCUCUGAAGCAGGAGUUCAUUGGUGUCACCGACAAAAAAGCCAUCAAGCAAUUGAAGACCAUGAACGACAUCUGCUACAACAAAGUUCUGGAGCAGGUUGGUCAGCGUCGAAACCAAAUGCUUAUCUUCGUCCACUCAAGAAAGGAGACGGCAAAGACGGCCAAGUAUAUUCGAGACAAGGCUAUUGAGAAUGAGACGAUUGGUCAGAUCCUGCGCAGUGAUGCCGCUAGUCGUCAAAUUCUAACCGAGGAGGCCGAGUCUGUUGACGAUGCUUCCCUGAAAGACCUCAUGCCUUAUGGUCUUGGUAUUCACCAUGCAGGUCUGAGUCUUGCGGAUCGUGAUUCCGUCCAGGCACUCUUUGCCGAUGGUAGUAUCCAGGUCCUUGUGUGUACUGCAACCCUUGCUUGGGGUGUCAACCUUCCCGCGCACACUGUCAUCAUCAAGGGUACCCAGGUCUACUCCCCCGAGAAGGGUAGCUGGGUCGAAUUGAGUCCUCAGGAUGUUCUGCAAAUGCUUGGACGUGCUGGUCGACCUCAAUACGACACCUUCGGUGAGGGUAUCAUCAUCACGACUCAAACCGAAAUUCAGUACUACCUUUCGCUCCUGAACCAGCAAUUGCCAAUUGAAUCCCAGCUUGUGAGCAAGCUUGCGGACAACUUGAACGCUGAAAUUGUACUAGGCAACGUUAGAGACCGUGACGAAGGCGUGGAAUGGCUGGGCUACACUUACCUCUAUGUCCGUAUGCUUCGCUCGCCAGGCUUGUACAGUGUCGGUGCAGACUACGAGAACGAUGAUGCUUUGGAGCAAAAGCGAGUUGAUCUCGUCCAUUCCGCUGCUAUCAUACUGGAAAGAUCUGGUCUUGUCAAGUAUGAGAAGAAGACGGGCCGUCUGCAAGCAACUGAGCUUGGCCGAAUUGCUUCUCACUACUACAUUGGCCACAACUCGAUGCUCACCUACGCCCAGCACCUCCAGCCGUCCAUCACCACCAUCGAAUUGUUCCGCAUUUUCGCGCUGAGUGAUGAGUUUAAGUACAUCCCAGUUCGUCAAGACGAGAAGCUGGAACUUGGAAAGCUGCUGGGCCGAGUGCCAGUGCCUGUCAAGGAGACGAUUGACGAGCCUCACGCCAAGAUCAACGUGCUUCUCCAGGCCUACAUUUCUCGCCUCCGGCUGGAUGGCCUUGCCCUGAUGGCAGAUCUGGUUUACGUUACUCAAUCUGCCGGUCGUAUCAUUCGAGCUCUCUUCGAGAUUUGCUUGAAGAAGGGUUGGUCAGCAGUGGCCAAGACUGCUCUUGACUUGUGCAAGAUGGCUGAGAAACGCAUGUGGCCAACCAUGUCCCCGCUGCGCCAGUUCCCACACUGCCCCAGGGACAUCCUGCAGAAAGCUGAGCGCAUUGAUGUGCCAUGGGCCAGCUACUUCGAUUUGGACCCUCCUCGUAUGGGUGAGCUCCUUGGCAUGCCAAAGGCUGGACGUGUUGUGUGCGAUCUGGUCUCCAAGUUCCCUCGACUUGAGGUUCAGGCUCAAGUGCAGCCUAUCACUCGUUCUAUGCUUCGCGUUGAGCUGACCAUCACCCCCAACUUUGUCUGGGAUGAUGCUAUUCAUGGCAAUGCGCAGGACUUCUGGAUCCUUGUUGAAGACUGUGAUGGCGAGGAGAUCUUGUUCCACGAUCGCUUCUUGCUGCGCCGUGAGUUUGCUCAGGCUGAGAUGAACGAGCACCUCGUCGAGUUCACGGUCCCGAUCACUGAGCCGAUGCCUCCGAAUUACUUCAUUUCCUUGGUAUCUGACCGCUGGAUGCACUCUGAGACCAAGAUCGCUGUCUCUUUCCAGAAGCUGAUCCUACCAGAGCGCUUCCCCCCUCACACUCCUCUUCUUGAUAUGCAGCGUGCGCCAAUCAAGGCGCUGAAGCGUGAGGAGUACCAGCAGCUCUAUCCUAACUGGGAGCACUUCAACAAGAUUCAGACCCAGGUCUUUAAGUCCGUGUUCGACUCAGACGACAAUGUUUUCAUCGGUGCUCCUACUGGGAGCGGCAAGACUGUAUGCGCCGAACUGGCCUUGCUUCGCCACUGGUCAAAGGAGAGCAGUGGCCGUGCCGUCUACAUUGCUCCUUUCCAAGAGCUGGUUGACCUGCGUUUGGCUGACUGGGAGAAGCGAUUGGGCAAUAUCGCGGGUGGAAAAACUAUUGUCAAACUUACGGGCGAGACAACCGCGGACUUGAAGCUUCUGGAGCGGGCUGACCUUGUCCUUGCCACUCCUGCCCAGUGGGAUGUUUUGUCUCGCCAGUGGCAACGGCGCAAGAACGUGCAGACCGUGCAAUUGUUCAUCGCCGACGAGCUCCACAUGCUUGGUGGCUUCGGUGGAUAUGUGUACGAGGUGGUCGUUUCUCGUAUGCACUACGUUGCGCUUCAGACUGAGAACGACAUGCGGAUUCUUGGUUUGAGUGUGCCGCUCUCCAAUGCCCGAGACAUCGGCGAAUGGAUUGGCGCCAACAAGCACACCAUCUAUAACUUCAGCCCGCAUGCUCGCCCCGUGCCCUUGGAGCUUCACAUCCAGUCCUUCACCAUCCCUCACUUCCCCUCCCUCAUGCUUGCCAUGUCUCGUCCUGCUUACCAAUCCAUCCUGACGCUUUCACCCGACAAGCCUGCUCUGGUCUUUGUGCCCAGUCGCAAGCAGACCCGGUCGACCGCCAUGGAUCUAUUGGCGGCGUGCGCCAUGGAUGAUGACGAAGAUCGUUUCCUGAACGCAGAUGCGAAGGAGUUAGCACCACUACUGGCUCGUGUCCAAGAGCAGACUCUUGCCACCUCGCUGAGCCACGGCGUUGGCUACUAUCACGAGGCGCUGAGCUUGUCCGACAAGCGCAUUGUGUCGCAUCUCUUCAGCAUUGGUGCCAUCCAGGUCCUUUUGGCCUCGCGUGAUGUCUGCUGGGAAUUGAACGUGACCGCCCAUCUGGUGAUUGUCAUGAACACCCAAUUCUUUGAUGGUCGUGAGCACCGCUACAUUGACUACCCCAUCAGCGAGAUCCUCCAGAUGUUCGGCAAGGCUUCUCGUCCCGGUCAGGACAAGCUCGGUCGGGGUGUUUUGAUGGUGCCCGCUGUGAAGCGCGAGUACUACAAGAAGUUCCUGAAUGAGGCUAUGCCGGUGGAGAGUCAUCUCCAGGUCUAUCUGCACGAUGCCUUUGUGACUGAGACCAGCACAAGAACCGUCUCCUCGACUCAGGAUGCAGUUGACUGGAUGACAUACACCUACUUCUACCGCCGUCUCCUUGCCAACCCCAGCUUCUACGGUCUUAGCGAUGUUAGCCACGAGGGCCUGAGUACUUUCCUGUCAGAGUUGGUCGAGAACACAUUGAAGGAGUUGUCGGAGGCUAAGAUCAUCGACUUGGACGAGGAAGAUGACAGUGUCUCUCCUCUUAACGCCGCCAUGAUCAGCGCGUACUACAACAUCUCCUUCAUCACCAUGCAGACCUUCUUGCUCUCUCUGUCGGCACGCACCAAGCUCAAGGGUAUCUUGGAGAUUGUCACCUCGGCCACUGAGUUCGAGUCGGUCCAGAUGCGUCGCCACGAGGACCACAUCCUCCGCCGCGUGUAUGAUCGCGUUCCUGUCAAGAUGUCGGAGCCGGCAUUCGACUCGCCCCACUUCAAAGCCUUUGUCCUUCUCCAGGCACACUUCUCGCGUAUGCAGCUGCCUAUUGAUCUCGCCAAGGAUCAAGAAGACAUCAUCCGCAAGGUCCUCAACCUGCUCAGCGCCUGCGUUGAUGUGCUUUCCUCCGAGGGUCACAUUAACGCCAUGAACGCCAUGGAGCUGUCACAGAUGGUUGUGCAAGCUAUGUGGGACCGUGAUAGUCCUCUCAAGCAGAUUCCUCACUUCACGUCGGAGGUCAUCCAGGCGGCCAAUGAGUACAAGAUCAACGAUAUCUUUGAAUUCAUGGAUGCAAUGGACCCCACCGAGAACAAGGACUACGCUGCCCUCGUCAAGCGUCUUAACUUGAACAACAAGCAGUUGGCGCAAGCAGCCGCCUUCACGAACGAGAAGUACCCCAACCUUGAGAUGGACUUUGAGGUUGAGGACCCCGAAAGCGUCACCUCUGGCGAGCCUGCUUAUCUUAAGAUCAAGAUCGAGCGGGAACUGGAAGAUGACGAGGAGCCGGACACGGUCGUUCACGCGCCCUUCUACCCCAGCCAGAAGAUGGAGAACUGGUGGCUAGUGGUCGGCGAAGAGCAAACCAAGAGCCUGUUGGCCAUCAAGCGUGUUACUAUCGGUCGCAAGCUGGAGCUACGCUUGGAAUAUGUGGUGCCGUCUCCUGGUGAGCACGAGCUGACUCUUUACCUCAUGAGUGACAGCUACGUCGGUGUUGAUCAAGCACCUACGUUCUCGGUGACUGCGGCUGAAGGAAUGGAAGAGGAUGAGAGUGAGGAGGAAGAGUAG